AUGUCGAAAGAUAUUUAUUUGAAGAAGAUACUUGGUGAAGAGUGUGUUUCUCGGAUCCGAAACUCAAAAAUCCUUAUGGUAGGAGCAGGAGGUAUUGGAUGCGAAUUACUUAAAGAUUUAGUGUUGACUGGGUAUGGGGAAAUUCACAUUGUUGAUUUGGAUACCGUUACUUUAUCAAAUUUGAACCGUCAAUUUCUAUUUCGUCAAAAAGAUAUUGAUAAAUCAAAAUCAUUCACCAUUGCCAGUGCCGUGCAAUCAUUUAAUUAUCUCGGAGUCAAGUUGAUUCCUCAUCAUGGCAAUGUCAUGGAUACAAAACAGUUCCCAAUUGAAUGGUGGGGACAGUUUAAUUUUAUUUUUAAUGCAUUGGAUAAUUUAGAAGCCAGAAGAUAUGUAAACAAAAUGGCAUUGUUUUUGAGAAAGCCAUUAAUGGAAAGCGGGACUACUGGGUACGCUGGACAAAUCCAGCCUAUCUAUCCGUAUUACAGUGAAUGUUUUGAUUGCCAUCCCAAAGAGACCCCCAAAUCUUUCCCCGUAUGCACUAUCAGAUCAACACCAUCUCAACCAGUUCAUUGCAUUACCUGGGCUAAGGAGUUUUUGUUUCGUCAACUAUUUGAUGAAAACGAUAAUUCAAAUUCAAUGAAUGAUGCCAAUCAGAUUCAAAAUGAAACAGACGACAAAGACGAGUUGGAGAAUUUGAACAAAGAGGCCAAUGAAUUAAUUGAAUUGCGUUCUAAAAUUCUACUGUUAGAUCUGAAUUCCUUUAUUAAUGAAUUGCUCAAAAAGAUUUUUAAAGUGGAUAUUGAAAGAUUAUUGAGCAUUGAAACUUUGUGGAAGGCUAGGAAAAAGCCCAUUCCAUUAGAUAUGACUGAAUAUCGAGAGGCAUUACAGCAGUUAUUAGAGCAGGAACUGAGUAGUUCAAUAUUGACUGCAGAUACAAAAGUGUGGACCAUUUUGGAAAACAUCUAUUCUUUGUACAAGUCCAGUGAGUCAAUUCAAAAACGAUUGAAAUCUGGUAAUGAACCAUUUAUUACAUUUGAUAAAGAUGAUGAAGACACUUUAAUUUUUGUAGCUGCUGCUUCAAAUUUAAGAUCUUUUAGUUUUGGCAUUCCAUUGAAAUCCAAAUUUGACAUCAAGGAAAUUGCCGGGAAUAUUAUUCCUGCCAUUGCCACUACCAAUGCCAUUAUAGCCGGGUUUUCAAGUUUGUCCGGCACACAAUUUUUUCAGCACCAAAAAGAUCUUACAAGUUCAGACUUUAGUAACAUUUUUAAAAGGGCAUCUUCUGUGUUUAUUAGUAUAAGACCGAAUAAGUACAUUACUGGCGAUAGAUUAUCAAAACCAGCUGAAAAUUGUGCCAGUGAUUCACUAACAGCAAGAGGAGUGCUCACAGUUGCAUUGAGUGACCUUGCUGUUUUGACUCUCGAAGGAUUCAUUGAUAGACUUGCUUAUAAAUAUGGAUAUUCCAAAGAAGAUAUAUCUAUCCAAAUUGGGAAAUCGAAGUUAAUUUAUGAUGUUGAUUUCGAUGACUAUCUUCAAACCAAAUUGAAGGACGUUCCUGGCGUGGCCAAUGGAGAGGUCAUGCUAAUACAGGAUGAUGCUGACGAGUUAGAAAACUUAGAAUUGUAUUUGAAUAUAAAAGACGAUACUGUCGAGUUGAAAUUGCCAAUAUUAGAGUUGAGACCUAAAAAAAUGGUCCCACAGCCAAAUCAUAAUGAAGAGAACAAUAGUGAGUAUGCCAAGGAGUUAGAGGGAGGAACUAUUUUAUUAGAUGAUGAUGACGAUGAGCUGUUUGGAAACGAAAUCGAAAUACUUGAUGAUGAAGAGGAGGAAGAUAUGAAGAUUGUAGAACCACCUGUAAAGAAGAGAAAACUUGACUAG